GUGGCCGACUUGAGAAUCAAAUUCCAAUACACAUCACAAAUAGCCGGUCGACCAAGUAGAUGCGUUAAAAUCGGUGCGAAUCGCAAAUCGAUCGACAUCUGGCCGACCGCCGACUGUUUUGCCGAAUCCCGCGCCUUCCUCUGCCGAAAUGAAGCUGCACCUCUGGCUCGGCGUGCUCGUUCUGCCCGCGAUUCUCUUGUUAGCCUCCAACAAUGUUCUUGUAAGGGCGGAGGACGAUAUCGACGAUGAAGGUGUGGACGUCGAAGGUGAGGACCUGGAGGUCGAGACCUCCGUGACCGGUGACGAGGAGGCGGCAGAGCCGACAGGGCCUGGUGCCUCUCCCGACGCAGAAACAACCAUUCUUUUCACCUCUCCGGUCGGCUCAUCUAACCUGGAACUGGCCGGCGGAAAGCUGGUCGAGUUCCUCGUCGGCUUCAGCAACAAGGGCAAGCAGGAGUUUGUCCUGGAGACUCUGGACGCGUCCUUCCGAUACCCAAUGGACUUCACCUUUUACAUUCAGAACUUCUCGACCUUAGCCUACAGUCGACUGGUCAAACCUGGACACGAGGCCACGCUGGCCUACUCGUUUAUUCCCUCCGAGGCUUUCGCUGGCAGGCCCUUUGGUCUGAGCAUCAAUCUCAACUACAGAGAUGCCUCCGGUGGCUUCUUUAGGGAGGCCGUGUAUAACGAAACGGUGCAGGUGGUCGAGUUGGACGAGGGUCUGGACGGAGAGGUGUUCUUCAUGUACGUGUUCCUGGCAGCAUGCGUGGUGCUGCUGCUGGUCGGCGGACAGCAGGUGCUCGUCUCUGUCGGCAAGAAGCGCGGCCACAUUUCGCGCAAGCCGCAGCUCGAGACUGGCACCAACGACAACCCCAACGACGUCAACUACGAAUGGCUGCCCAAGGACGCUCUCAAGAACCUCAACAAUCAGCAGCGCUCGCCUAAGCAGAGCCCACGCCAGAGAAAAGCAAAGCGUAGCGACGACUGAAUAUUUUCAUUCUCUCGUCUCCUCCACACCGUCGUGCCAACCGAAGAGACCAACUCGAACGAAACAUCAAGAAAACCCUGGCACAAAAAACCCUCAGCUCAUGUAAAACGGCGGUGGAAACAAAAAAUUAUUUAUCGAAAUCCGAGUGUGGUGUUUCGGAACAAAAAAGAAAGACAAAUUGAGUACUUUUGAUGAAUGGAUGCCUUUUUUAUCUAGUGUAUGAGUGCGUAGGCGAAUGUUGUCGUAAUUUUGGUUGAGUGAGACGCUUAUUUUGUUUUCUCUUGUUUAAUAAUGGAAUGGAGGAGCCCCGCCGCGGCCACAUUUCCACGCCGCGGCGGUCUGUUGAAAUAAAACUAUAAAUUUGUUAAA